AUGAUCAAGUCGCUGAAGGAGGAGACCGAGAGGAGGAUCCGAGCGGAGGAGAAACUCUGCAAGCAGCGACACCUGGCCCAGCAAUCACUCCAGGACGCUGUCUUCAUAGCCAAGUACCUCGACCUCUCCCUGCCGUCCCAGCCGGAACCACCCCUGUCCCCCACCGACCAAGAGCAGGAGCCCCUCGAGCUCUCUCUCAGCUGUACCAGGGAGAUCUGCAAACAGCUAUCUCAGCGCUUCCUCGAGAAGCAGAAGGAGGAGAAGAAGCUGCAGGCAGAAAGAGACCAGCUCUUCGAGGACUUCGGACGACUGAGCGAGCUAGUGCAGUUCUUGCAAGAAAGAUGCAACACGCUGGAGGCGGAGUUGUUGCAAUAUCAAGACUUUGAAGAUCAAGAGUAG